AUGUCGGACCCAUUCUCCGCGGCCAGUGGUGCAGUUGGAAUAAUUUCCCUCGGCAUUCAAGUCUCUCAAGGCUUGGUCAAGUACUGCUCUCAAGUCAAGAAUUUCACGUCGGAGAUAGCUACAUUCAAAGUUAAAGCAGAAAGCAUUCACGGAAUUCUACAAAACCUCGAGAGUGUGGUGAGAAAGACCAAAAAGGAACAGAAAAUGAUACCUAGAUCUGUUGUUCUUACGCUACACAGCUGUCAAGAAACAUUGGAGAAGCUGAAUGAAGGGAUUGGCAGACAUGGAAAGGAUAGACUUUCGAACAGACUUACAUAUUGUUUUAUGCGGAAUGACUUAGCAGCCGCUUGCCAUAUGUUGGAUAGCUUACAGCAUAAUUUGAGCAAUGCUCUUCAAGUUUGGAUAUUGGAAGACAGUACUCGCCAUCAAGCAGAUAUAACCCAAAUGAUUACGGACCAAACUGUCACUCACUUUCAUACCUCACGAAAACUCGAAGGCUGCUUUGAAGAUUUAUCUAAGAAAAUAGAUAUUAUAAUAUCAAAUAAACAGCAGCCUCUUCUAGAAAGCCCUUCUUUACUGGCACAAAGAUGUUUAGAGCUCAACGCCGCCAAGGCUGAAUCCAGCUUGUUACUACUGAAAUACAAACAUACCUUUCGACUUCGUUCCCCUCGUCCAGGUCCUUGCCAAUGUCCAGCAUCUCCGAGCUGUUAUACUUGUCCUACGUGUAAGGGUUGGCAAACAAUCCGAAAGAAGUACAAUGUUUGCAAAAAAUUGCUAGGAUACUCGAUAGCAUUCACUAUGUUUCUCACAGGUGGUGCCGGUGGCUUUUCAAUUGGCCCAUUGCUGGGCUUUAGUGCCACGGCACCUACUUCAUCACCUGCUUUCCGUUUAUUAUAUGCCACUAAAUACAUGCAUCCCAAUCGGCACCCCUUUCAGAGGUCUUUGGAUGGUAAGAGAUGGGUGUACCCGGAAAAUGAUACCCUACGGAUGCACCCCGAGUUUGAUAGCUCAGGUGGAUCACAUUGGGACUCGAGUAGCCACGCCGUCAAAUAUGAUGAAUCUGAUAAAGCUCUGGAACAGAUCGAAGAGCUUGUCAAUUAA